AUGAGUAGCACUUAAUUUGAUCAUACUUCAGAGAGAAGCACAAAAUUUGAGACGAUUUACGAUAAUGAUUCGUCAAAUAGAUUGUCAACAGACCAUUGUAGUACAGAAGUUGAAAUACUUACUUUAGAUUAAGCUUAUGAUAGGCUUGGGGGAUUUAGUUAUUUCUAAUUCUGGGCUACUCCUUUGUUCAUCUGGGGUUUUACUAAUGGAGGAUGUCUUAUAACAGCAUUUUCAAUGCUUGAAAAGCCUCCGAAAUAUUUAUGUUUUAACGAAGUUGGAACUACUUAUGAGUGUUAAGCUGACUAAUCUUUCUGCAUCGAUCCCUCAAUUAAGUAUAAGAUUGAUUGGGAUGAUCCAACUAGUCUUUAUAAUUGGGUAGAAUCGUUAGAUUUGACUUGUGAAAGUGCAUCAAGAAUUGGGAUGAUCGGAUCUAUGUUUUUCAUAGGAAAGAACAUUUACCUUUUAUCUAUGGGAUUGUAAACAUUCUUCUAUGCAGCUAUACUGAUGUCAUAAAGUUUAAACAUAACUUUAGUACUAAUUUGUGGAUUUGGCUUAGUAUCAUUUGUUAGAACAUCUAUUGGCUUUAUAUUUAUGCAGGAGAUGACCCCAGAUAAGUAUAAAACAUUUAUCGGGUCAUUUGCCUUAGUUUCAUUAGCUAUCGUUCCAGCUAUACUAGCUUUGUAUCAUAUCUACAUUAGUAAAGAUUGGCUGCCAUUUCAAACUUUAAGUGCAUUUACUACUCUCUUAGUGACUAUAUCAAUAUUUGCACUUCCUGAAUCUCCAUAAUACCUUAUUAGCAAAAAAUAAUAUGAUGAUGCGAGAAAAUCUUUGGAAACUAUUGCUUGGUGGAAUAGUUAUAAAGGGCAACUAGAUUUCAAGUUUAAAGAUGAAGUAGAAACACUACAAUAGAGUGAUGAAGAAACAUAUUUACUAUUAGGAAUACCAGAUCAAGACUUGAAUUAAUAUAAAUCAACAAAUGAGCAGAAUGAGAUUUUAGAAAACAUAUCAAUCAAUAGUGACACUAUAUCAAGCAACGGAUAAGAUAGAAUAAUAUUGAAAGAUAAAAACUAAACUAAGUUUAGUAGUGUCAAAGAAAUCCUUAAGUAAAAGUAGCAUGCUUGUAAUCUCUUCAUAAUGAUGACAGUCUGGAUUGCAGCAUCAUUCGACUUUUAAUUACUCACCUUUCAAAUAAAGUACAUCAAGGGUGAUUUCUUUACAAACAUUCUAGUAGCUGCUCUCACUGAAGCAAUAGCAUGCAUACGUUUCUAUCAUUGGUGGAUCGAUGCUGAUAGUAUUUUAAGAAAGAUCUUAGGGUUAUUUGAUACCAUUUUCCAUUUUACUUGCCAGAUUUGGAAUAAGUGCAGCGUAUAAUCAACAAUUUUUUCACCAAUGGUAGCAGAAGCUACUGCUCCUAUUCCAAUGAUUUUUUACUGUUUAUUUGCAUUAGUGCCUUGUAUACUGUCUAAUUUCCUUAUUCUAGACGGUAUCGAAGAGAAAUCAUUAAAUUAUCAAAAUCAUAAAAAAUAAGGAGAGACAUUAAUUAAGAAAUCAUGA